AUGGAUCAACUCAACUAUAAAGAACAACAAGAGUUCCAGAAAAUUGUGGAGCAAAAGCAAAUGAAUGACUUCAUGAGACUCUACACCAGUCUGGUGGACAGAUGUUUCAAUGAUUGCGUCAACGACUUCACCUCCAACAAACUUAGCUCUAGAGAAGAAACAUGUUUGAACAAGUGCGCUGAAAAGUUCCUCAAGCACUCCGAAAGAGUUGGCUCAAGAUUCCAGGAACAGAACCAGAUGUUGAUGAACCAGAUGAGAGGCGGCAAUUAA